CUAAAAUAGAUUGUCCAGGUAAGGUUAAAGAUGCCUACGAAUACCCCAAUAAUAAUUCUUUAAGUCUAACUGCUGCCGUUUCAAAACUUCCGUCUCCUUAUUCAAAACGUGACACUGCGUGUUCAGGAAGCCAAAAUUGUUGCGGCUUUGGUCUAUUCCAAUUCGGCCACGGCACCAGCACAAGCUAGCUAGCAAAGACGUUCCCACGAAAUGCAAAAACCUUGCACCGUACAUGGCAAUUUCUCACUUUUCAGCAAACACACCAAGCAUCAACCAUAGUAGCUAGCAAUAAUAGCUGUCUGCGAGUGCUAUUGUUGUACCUGGAUACCCUUUUCUUUCUUCCACAGCACCGUUUUCCCAUGCCUCCGAGCGGUUUCACCAGCAAUAGUCCCAAUAGUGUGAUGGACGACCACAAUCAUCUAUACACCCCCAGUGUCGAGAAUGGCCAAUCCAGAGUACAGAGACAAGAUGCCAAAGAUAGCGAGAUGCAGCGCUCUCUCAUGUUGAGUCGAUCCGAAUCCAGCAACGAAGGAGAUAACUACAGCAAGAUGGACAAGGGGCACUACCGGGGCAAUUCACUGAGUCCAGAUACCUUUGCUCGGUGGCAGAUCUUUCGCAAUAUGCUCGAUUCUCCCAAGAGCAAGUUAGCUGCCGCAGUGGUAUCUCUUAUCGCAGUCCCUUUGAUGGCCUUUGGAACUCUCUUCCCGGCCUAUUCACCAAGAAACUAUGCCAUUGCUAUCUGGACGGCGUGGGAUGGUCUCCUUUCCAGCUCCAGUCUCUCCAUUAUGUUUUUCACAUUUGCCGGUGCAUUCCUGUACGUGGAGUUGGCGACAUCUAUCCCUGCCACAGCGCCCUCCUCCUCCAGAUCUCCUACUGCAAUGGAUACCAGUGGUGAUCCCUUCUUUGUCAUCACCAGUUGUCCUUCAGACCCAGCCAAACUGGCAGCAGAGUUGCCCGUUCAACCCAUUUCGGGAUAUGUCAAAAAGGCCAAGGCUUAUGCCCUCUCUUCGCGCCAACGCUUAUUCCACAGUAUUGCAGGGGUGACCCUGUUCGUCCUUCUGGUUAUCCUGGGAAUCAUUGGUCCCUACUCUAUUGUCUAUCCCAGUUGGUUGUGGUACCCGUUGGCAUGGGGUAGCUUCCACGUCUACGACUACCAAGACAUCCUACCCGCCAUUAAUAACAUUUGCAGGGACCGCAGUGAUUUGUGUUUGAGCGACAGGGAAUGGGAAGUACUCAGUUCUGGAGCACUCUCCCCACAUAAUUUCAAAGACAGAAAUGCCGUCGUGGCGGGGCAAAAUUACGCCAAAACGCAUUCCAUUGUCGUCAACGUGCUGGCAAGAAAUAUGCGGGAAGAUAUCCCUGCACUCCGAACCAAUAUCGAGAGUAUCGCCCCGUUCUUCCGGGAGGUUGCUCUCGUGGUGUUUGAAAAUGACAGUAAUGACGGUACGCGGGAAGGGUUCAAACAGUGGGCCGCCGAAGUCAAAGACAAAAACUAUUUUGUCGACGUCAUGGAAUGCGAGGGAGUUGUCGAUUGCAAACUCAACCGUAAGCAUCGUGACGCUGCCACCGGUCCGGCAUACGACUACAGUGGUGAAAUUGGAGAAAUGCACAACUACCGCAACAUGGCCGUACAGUACAUUACCCAUGACCCAAAAUACAAGGAUUUCAGCCAUGUUUUGGUCAUGGAUGUCGACUUGGGGGUUCCAUUUUCUCCCCUUGGAAUUCUUCAUACUUUAGGAUCCAAACCGGAUCAUCCUGUGGCAUGCUCGGGACACCAACUGUGGAUUACUGGCUAUGGCGGACUCUCCACCCCCUAUGAUUUGAAUGCGUUUCGACAAUACAGUACCCCUGAGGACGAGGGGCUCGAAGAUUGGACCCAUCGACUCUGUGAAUUGAUGCCUCCGGGGGAACGAUGGCGUAGCGAAUGCGAUGCUCUUUCUCCUACGCGUGUUAUAUCCAUUAUGUGGAACGAUCGAAAACGCAUCGACGAGGACUUGUAUCGAGUCGUUUCGGCUUUCAAUGGAGCGGCUUUGUAUCCCGUAGAACUCCUCCGUUCUACGGGAGCCAUGUACGAUGACGGCGAUCCAGCUGAAGGAAACGUCGGUCAACGAUGUGAACAUGUAGGACUCAACAAGGCAGUCGGCAAAGACAAGCCAAUGUAUGUGAACAAAAAGUGGAAUUUCAACACUUCUCCCACAGAUCCUGCUGGUGCCACCGGCGCCCGUGCCCAGAAGGUCACAAAUCGCAUCAUGGGCAAACCAAAGCUGUUUUUGACAAUCUUCUUCAUACACCUGUUUACAGUGGGUGUUUUUGUUUGGGCAACGAUGACCAUUGGCGUUUAUGCUGUCCAACCCUUGGUAUCCUCCAUGCUCAAGAAAAUACCUCGAACUCGAUCGCAAAGUCCCCGGGGAAGGAACAAUAGGGCGCGCAACCCAUCAGACGUGGAUGCCGAUUUCAAAUCCACACGCAAAAUCAGUGUUUAAUAACAAUGGCACUAUAAUCUGUACCUAAAUUGAUUCAUUUCAUCCUAGUGGUUCGCACAAGCAAACAUAAACAUGUAGUUCAGACAUGGUGCCUUCCGCUACGGUACGCAACCUGCACUAUCCUUUCUCACGAUAGCCUGAUACCUACGAACCUUGCGAAGCCAAUUCAGCCCUUCAGGGUCCAGCCACAGCAGAGAUCAUGCCGUCGUGCAUUCCACCUGCUCGCUUUUGCUGACUGUAUCAACUUCUAAAGACUCUUAUACUGUGGGUAUGGUGGUGCCCCUCCAAGGCACUACUAAUGAGUCAACACUAAUUAGGUCGGACUUGCUAGGAACCACACUCUAUCGUGGCUGGGAGGUUAUAAUAUUGGUAGCUUCGAAAAACGAAGAUAUGUUCAUCGGGGUAGAUUGAGGUAGCAUAGGGGAAUACCAGGUGAAGCUAGAUUUAAGAGCUCUUUUGUAUACAACCUGUUUCAUUGACUUUGCCUUUCGCAGACCCCGGUAGCUCCUACAACGGUGACAGCACCAUCCCCUCUUUGAUUGUUUCGUCAUUCAAUUGUUUUGGCAAUUCCCAUGGUCCACUUGUGGGGAGUACAUUUGGUUUGGCUUCGCCUUGUUGCUUUCGUUUUUGGAUGUAUGCCGAUCUCAGAAUACAAUGCAGGGCAAAUUUUUCAAAGGAUUUGACAUUGGCAUCUGGAGUUUCCGACUCGUCAUACUGAAAGACUUUGGGAUCCGUGUUUUGAUAAAUGGUAAUAGCGUCUUGGCACAUGUGAUCGCACCAAAAGCUCUUUCCCGGCAUGAGUGGUGCUUCUUCAAAAUCCAAUCGCAAUUGAGCCGGCUGGAAAAAGAGAAACGUCGCCGAGGCACCCACAAUGGUGCUCACCAAAAAAUCAUGAGGUGCCUCGGCCGCCUGGUGGACACGUUCCACGUGGGAAUCUCGUUGUUUUUCCAAGUGACUCUUGAAUUGUCGCAGCCGUCCACGUUGCUGCAGUUGCGCCAAUUUGGGUUUUUGCUUGUCGGCAGUUGUGUUGGUGGUGGUGGUGUCGGCUUUCUUCUUGGGUGCUUUUCGUUUGGUGGAACGCAGCCCCCAGGUGAAGAUGGGCUUGAUAUACCGCUCGGCCAAUGGCUCAAAUCUGGGAUGAGCGACAAUUCGUAGGGUAGCAAAGACUACCAAGGACAUGACCACGCCAUGUUCGAAAACUUCCACAUGUUCUCGAAUAAUCUGUUUUUCCACUUGACAGUCUUCUGGCUCGGUCUUCCAGGCUUCGCCACAAUCCUCCCGGACCAGAGGCCACUUGUCACGGAGGAGUUGCCAGUUUGAAUUCUUGAACAACUGACGAAGGCGGGCCAAUUCUCGCUGUUGCACUUGCAGUUCCCGUUCAGUUGGAGGGACCUUGGUGCUACUACUUAUAGUGGCCUUGCUGUCGCUGUUGGGUUGGUCGGGAGAUGCCAUCAUCGCGGUGGAAUGUUGUGGCAGCCAACCAAAAACUCAAACUGGUCGGUUUGGAUCCACCCUUGGAUCUAAUAAUCG